UAGCAGUAAAGUGGAUGGAUCGCGGCCUCGGAUUCUGGCAAAAUGUCUCAUCUUUUGCCAAAUGAAUUGAGGCAAUUAAAACGGCCCAAACUCGGACCCCCUGGAUAUUAUCCACAGGAUCCGAAGCAGAAAGAGGAUGAGCUGACAAGUACAAAUGUAAAGCAAGGUUUCCUUAAUGGACCUCCACAUAGCCUGUCAAAUGAGUAUGGAACAGGGAAAAACUCUGCAAAGAACAUCUACAAAAAUAAGGAGUUUCCAACUUCCAAGGCUGAACCAUAUGGGAUUCACAUCUGUGCAGAUACAAUAGUUUAACGUUUCAAGCAUGGAUGUUACAAGUACACUGUAGAUUAUCACAAGUCUCAAAGAGAAUUUCAUCAAAAAUUUCAAUUAAUUUCUCUCUACAUGUAUUUGCAAACUCUGAUAAAAAGUAAACA